GGCACCGAACCAAAAAAAACACAAACGAAGCAGAGAAGAAGAAGAAUAGAGAGAGACGUAGAGAGAGCCUUUUGGGUUUCUCUUAGAGAGCUCGUUGAAGAAGAUCUUCACUCACUGUGUCCCUACAAUGUCUGUGUCGAAGAGCUUCUCGUCGGCUGAGAUUCCCGAUGUGGCAGACCAACCACGCGACCGAUUUAACCUGCAAGCUGAACAGGAUCCACAAGACAAGGCUGAGAAGAAAGACGAAGAACAAGAAGGAGACGAUGAGGAAGUGAAACACGACGAAACGGAGCAAGAACAAGAAGUGAUGAUACCCAACGAAGCCGAGGAAGAAGAGGAAGAAGAUGGUGACGAUGCAGAUGAGAAGGAGGAAGAAGAGGAGGAAGAAGAAGAGGAAGAAGAAGCAGAGGAAGAGGAAGAAGAAGAGGAGGAAGAAGAAGAAGAAGAAGAAGAUUCUAAAGGAAGAAGUCCAUCUUCUAUAUCAGGAGACCAAUCAGAAUUUAUGGAAAUUGAUCUAGGGGAAAUCCGUAAAGACGUGCAGUGUCCAAUAUGCUUAGGAAUUAUAAAGAAAACAAGGACUGUGAUGGAAUGCCUCCACCGGUUCUGCCGGGAAUGUAUUGAUAAGUCAAUGAGAUUGGGGAACAACGAAUGUCCUGCUUGCAGGAAGCAUUGUGCAAGCCGGCGUUCUCUAAGAGACGACCCAAAGUUUGAUGCUCUUAUUGCAGCUUUAUUCACCAAUAUUGAUAGUUAUGAGGAAGAGGAACUGGCUUUUCACGAAGAUGAAAUGGCUCGUAAUAAGCAGAUUCAAGCAUCUAUAGCUCAAAUAUCGCAGCGACAAUCUGAGGCUCUUGUGAAAAGACGAUCUUUGGGUAAAGAGGCAGCAGUCUUAAUGAGAUCACCGCGUAUUGCUAGUAGCUCCAGAAGGAGACGGAACUGCAGAAACAUGGAACAACAAAACGCAUCAGAAGCCCAUGACGAUGAUAAUAAUGAUGAUAAUAACAACAGAGGAGGAGACAAAGAUUCGUCUUCAGAUGAGCGUGGUACAGAAGUCCGGCAGAAGAAACGUAGAAAACGGUCUACAAGUCGUUCAACACAACACCCUUCUUCUUCAGGUGCAAACAAAAACAAUGGUAACUGCGCAGAUAAUGACACAGAAGUGUACAGAGACAGCAAAGGAAUAUCUCCCGGGCUUGUGUGGAAUCCAGAGAUACUGGCUUGGGGAAGAGGCGGGACAAGGAGUAACACAAGGCAUGGGAAUAGUACUUCAGGAGGUAGUAGUAAGAGUGUGAGGAAUGCUCGUGUGAACAAGCUUGUUGAAUAUCUACGUAGCAGCAUAGAUGGAUCUAGUGUUGAGUUGGAUAUUCAUGUCAAGCUUGUCUCGCUGGAUACAAAAUGUAUACCAGACUUACCACAGCCAUAUCUCUGUUGCCGACCCACUUUACUUGUAAAACAGCUCCGUGAAUUCGUAGCACUUCAGAUGCAUUUGAAGACUGAAGAGGUUGAAUUGUUGGUAACAAGAAGAGGAGGAGAAGAUACGGCAAUAGAGAAUAUUCCUGUAGUGACUUCAGCUUCAGCAGCAGCUUCCAAGGAUGAGAUGCAAAGUCUGGAAGACAAUGAAACAUUUUCAAGGCUCAAAGUCGAUUUCAUUUCAAGCCAUGAACAACAUUUGAUCAUAGCUUAUCGGAAGAAGCAAACCGAGUGAAGAAACUUGGAGCCUAAUGGACGUGCUGCGAACAAUGUAUAAUAUAUAAACAGAUGGAUCAGGGCUUGUUUAUCCGUUUGCUAGAUUAUAUAUCUCAGUUGGUUUUUAGUGUUAGGAAGUUUUUCAUUUGUGACAGACUUUUUUCUUUGCGUAUUCAUUGUAGACGUUGCUUAGUAUUUUCCGGAGCAAGUUUUUGUAA